CUCUCUCUCUCUCUCUCUCUCUCUCUCUCACACACACACACACACACAGACACUAAUAUCACAUUCCCCUCAAUCUGUAAUCUCCCGAAAAGAGCAAAUUUCCUCUCAUUCCACCCCAUCCUUUCAUAUUCCUAAGCAGAAACAAACAACAAUAACCCAAACAGAAACGCCAUUCUCUCCUCUCUCUGUUUCUCUGCAUUCACUCGGUUUUAAUUGUCGUUUUUGUUUGAUUCUACUUUUUUUUUUGUUUCUGUAACUGCAUUUGUUGAAUCGGAAACAAUAAUGGCGGUUCCUUCGACUGUAUCCGCAAUGGCUCCGGCUUCGCUGUACGUUGGGGACCUGCACCCUGACGUUACUGACGGUCAGCUCUUUAAUGCAUUCUCUGAGUUCAAGAGCCUCGCAUCCGUUCGCGUUUGUAGAGACUCUUCCACUGGCAGGUCUCUCUGUUAUGGUUACGUCAACUUUAUCUCUCCACAGGAUGCUAUCCGGGCUAUGGAGAUGAAGAAUCAUACUGCCUUGAAUGGAAAAUUGAUGAGGAUCAUGUGGUCACUCCGUGAUCCUGAUGCGAGAAAAAGUGGAAUAGGAAAUGUUUAUGUUAAGAAUUUGAGCGAGUCAAUUGAUAAUGUGGGGCUGCAAUAUUUAUUUGGGAAAUUUGGGACUAUUAUAUCUUGCAAAGUUGCCAUGUUUGAGGAUGGGAAGAGUAAAGGCCAUGGCUUCGUUCAGUUUGACUCAGAGGAUUCUGCAAAUUCUGCUAUUGAGAAGCUAAAUGGCUCCAUUGUUGGUGAUAAGCAGAUAUAUGUUGGAAAGUUUGUUAAAAAGAGUGAUCGAGUUUUGCCCAUCCCUGACGUUAAAUAUACAAAUUUAUAUGUGAAAAACUUGGAUCUUGACAUCUCGGAGGACGUUCUGCUCGAGAAGUUUACUGAAUUUGGGAAAAUAGUUUGCUUGGUAAUUGCAAAGGAUGAAAAUGGAGCCUCAAGAGGAUUUGGCUUUGUCAAUUUUGAGAACCCAGAUGAUGCCAGAUUGGCCAUGGAAAGAAUGAAUGGAACUGAACUUGGUUCAAAGGUUCUUUAUGUUGGAAGGGCGCAAAAGAAAGCAGAGCGUGAACAAAUUUUGCGUCUUCAGUUUGAAGAGAAGCGUAAGGAGCAGAUCUUGAAAUACAAGGGCUCCAAUGUAUAUGUGAAAAACAUUGAUGACGAUGUCACUGACGAAGGGCUAAAAGAACAUUUCAGCCAAUGUGGCACGAUUACAUCUGCAAAACUUAUGAGAGACGAUAAAGGAAGAAGUAAGGGGUUUGGAUUUGUAUGCUUCUCCAGCCCUGAGGAGGCCACUAAAGCUGUGAAUACCUUUCAUGGUUAUAUGUUUCACCGCAAGCCAUUAUAUGUGGCUAUAGCUCAGAGGAAGGAGGACAGACAGGCACAAUUGCAGCUGCAGUAUGCUCAUCGGAUGGCUGGAUUAGCUGGAUCUUCCACAGCUGUUAUUCCAGGUGGAUAUCCUUCCCUUUACUACGCAGCUCCUCCUGGUGUUGUUUCACAAGUAUCUCCAAGGGCUGGCCUGAUGUACCAACCUUUGGGUAUGAGGCCAGGAUGGCGUGCUAAUGGCUUUGCACCCCAACCCAGGCCAAAUUUUCAACCGUCACAACUUCCAGCAGUAUCUAAUACUCAAAGACAACACAAGCAGAGCAGAGGCCGGAUGAAUGGCCAUGUUUUCCAGGAGGGUGGUACCCACUCUGUCUCAUUUAUUCAACAGCCCACCCAAUCACUAACUUCAUCAAAAGAUCCAAGCAACCAGCGGGCUGGGCAGGCUAAUUAUGUACCAAAUGCUCGUACACGUGAAGCAGGCAAAGGAUCUGGAGUCUCAUAUGCUGUUCCAACUUCACUCGGCCCUGCAUCUCAAGGAUCAGAGAUGCUGAGUAGCAUGCUUGCUGCUGCUUCCCCCGAGGAGCAAAAACAGAUUCUAGGGGAGCGGCUUUACCCACUCGUUAAGAAACACAAGCCUGAUCUUGUCGCAAAGAUUACAGGCAUGCUUCUGGAGAUGGACAACUCAGAGCUGCUUCUCUUGUUGGAGUCGCCUGACACUCUGGCCUCUAAGAUAGAGGAAGCUGUGCAGGUGCUGAAGAUCUCUAAAACUAAAGCAUCUGGUCAAGACAGUCUUCAUCCAAGUUACCUGCCUGCCGAGGUUGCUGUCAAUUGAAUAACAACAGGGAUAAAAGUCUAGAGGUUAUGGUGCAGCUUGGCUCCUUGAGAGCAAAAUUUUGAUACUUGACAAAAUUGAAUCUUCUCCUUUCUGCCCUUUAAAUUUUACAGCACAGGAUCUUGUCAAUUCCAUGAACUGUUACGAUCUUCUCUUAUGGGGGUCUAUCAGUAAGAGGUGGAAAAACACUCUUAUUGUGGUAGUGACGUUAGUAGCAUUAGCAAGAAAUGAGAUUUUAUUUUGAAACUAA